AUGGGGACGAGCGAGGGGCUUACACAUUUUUUUUUCUGGCGCCAUGCAUUGCAGGUCUUUCUUUGCUGCCUUCUGGCCGUCGCUGCCUCUGCUCCAGUUGAGGAAUACCCACCACAGCCAUACAGCUUCAGCUACGACACCACCGACGAGUUUGGCACCCGCCUGACCCGCGAGGAGUCCGGUGACGCCAACAACAACAAGGUCGGCUCCUACAGCUACACCGAUGCCUCCGGCAUCUCCCGUACCGUCAAGUACACCGCCGACGCCGAGGGCUUCCACGUGACCGUCGAGACCAACGAGCCAGGAACCAAGACCUCCAACCCAGCCGAUGCCCUGUACACCUCCGCCGCCGUUGAGGUCGCCCCAGCCCCAGCUGCCCCUCCAGCCCAGUUCGCCGUGCACGCUGUGCACCCAGCUCAGUACGCCGUUCACGCUGUGCACCCAGCUCAGUACGCCGUUCACGCUGCACCCGUUUCCUACGCCACUGCCCACCACGUGACCCCCUUGACCCUUGUCCACCAAGCUCCUUUCACCAUCGGCAAGGCCAAGGCUUAA